UGAUCAUUUUAAAACUUUGUACCUCAGAAGAAUUGAUUUUGAAGCACUUGUCCAGAACAUGACAAAUCUGAGAGAACUUCGACUAGCCUCUGUGAACAUUUCAUCCUCAGUACCUCAAUCCCUGGCAACAAUUUUCACGGUCAACUUCCAUCUACAUUGGGAAACCUCGCAAAUCUCACUAAUCUAUCUCUUGACAGUAACCUUUUCCAUGGGGAAAUACCAUCUUCACUAGGAAACCUUACACAACUAGAAUAUAUAUCCCUUUCUAAUAACAGUUUUGAUGGCAAGUUACCUGUUUCACUAACAAAUCUCACUCAACUCCAACAAAUAGAUCUCUCCCAAAACCAGUUGAUAGGUCCAAUCCCGUUUGAAAUGGGCAGACUUCCCCAAUUAAGGAAGAUCGACUUAAGUUCUAACUCACUCACUGGGACCAUCCCGUCAUCUUUGUUUACAAUGACUUCUUUGACUUUCCUAGAUCUAUCCCAAAAUCAAUUGACUGGCCCUCUCAAAUUUCAAAAUAUCUCUUCAUCCCAAUUUUAUUUCAUCUACUUAAGUUCUAACUCACUCACUGGGACCAUCCCGUCAUCUUUGUUUACAAUGACUUCUUUGAAUAACCUAGAUCUAUCCCAAAAUCAAUUGACUGGCCCUCUCAAAUUUCAAAAUAUCUCUUCAUCCCGAUUAGAAUCCUUGUAUAUGAGCGAAAAUAAAUAUGGACCAAUUCCAAGGUCAAUCUCUAAUUUCACUCAUCUGCAAGUUCUAGAUAUUUCUUCCAUCAACCUUAAGGACAUGUUGGAGUUAGACAUUUUUUUUGAGCUUAAAAGAAUUAAAGCUCUCUUUCUUUCAGGUAACAAUUUGUUAAUUUCAAAAGGAAAGAUCAAUUCCACCCUCCCAAAAUUCACAAGUUUGGGGUUGUCUUCUUGCAACUUACGUGAAUUUCCGAUUUUCCUAAAAGUUCAAAAUGAAUUGACGUAUCUAGACCUUUCUGAUAACAAAAUUGAAGGCAAAGUACCCAAAUGGUUCUGGAAUGUUGGGAAGGAGACAUUGCAAUCAUUGAAUAUUUCUUUUAACCGUUUAAGUGGUUUUGAACAACCUCUAAUCAUUCUUCCUUGGAAAAGUCUGUAUCAUUUAGACUUGCGUUCCAACAUGUUUGAAAGCUUGCUUCCAAUUCCCCCAUUGUCUACCAAAUAUUUUUUUGCCUCAAACAACAAUUUGACUGGAAGAAUCCCUCCAAUGAUUUGCAUGCUAAAAGCUCUCCAAGUCCUUGACCUGUCUAACAACAAGUUGAUUGGUCAAAUUCCACAUUGUUUAGGUGACUUCAGCAGUUCCCUUUCAGUAUUGAAUAUGAGAAACAACAGCUUCCAAGGAAAAUUACCUGGAACAUUCACAAAGGGAAGCAAUUUGAAGACACUAGACUUGAGUCUCAACCAAAUAAAAGGGAAGAUUCCACAGUCAUUGGUAAACUGUAGAAUGCUUGAGGUUCUAAAUCUUGGAAAUAACAACUUGAAUGACAUCUUCCCCUUUUGGUUGGAAUCUUUGCCAGAGUUGCGAAUUCUUAUCUUGCGAGCAAAUGGAUUCCAUGGUUCUAUCCAGAGUCCUCAUACCAAUUUUGGCUUUUCCAAGUUGCAUGUUAUUGAUCUCUCUCACAACAAUUUCUCUGGCAUGUUACCGUCAAAGUACUUCAACACCUGGAAUGCAAUGCAAUUGGCCCCUGAAAAAAGUAAUCCAAAACGAGAGUACAUGAGGGAUCGCUCGGGUUAUUAUGAAGACUCAAUAAGGGUGACUAAUAAGGGAAUGGAAAUGGAACUGGUAAAGAUCUUAACCAUCUUCAUAGCUAUUGAUUUCUCUAACAAUAGAUUUUAUGGAGAAAUUCCGAAUUCCAUGGGAAAUCUCAAAGUGUUAAUUGUACUCAACUUAUCAAGCAAUAGUUUCACUGGCCCUAUCCCAUCAUCCUUUGGAGACCUAACUGAGCUCCAAUCUUUGGAUCUCUCGCAAAAUAAGUUUUUGGGAAAAAUUCCUCAACAACUUGUAAGUCUCACAUUUCUUGAAUAUCUAAACCUCUCUCAUAACCAACUUACAGGUCCAAUUCCUCAAGGUAGACAAUUUGCAACAUUUGAAAAUUCCUCAUUUGAGGGGAACUCGGGAUUGUGUGGCUUUCCAAUGUCCAAGAAAUGUGGAAAUAUUGAGAUACCAACUUUUGAGCCCAGACAAGAAUCAUCAUUUCGAGAAGGAUUCAAUUGGAAAGUGGUAGUGGUGGGAUAUGCUAGCGGACUGGUAAUUGGAUUGGUUCUUGGACAUGUUAUUAUCUCAAGGAGGCCAGAUUGGUUUACAAGAACUUUUGGAGUGAACCUACACAAGUGAAGAUGAAUGUACUAUACUAGUAAAAGCACUGUUUUUUUUCUUAUAGUAAUUGUAAUAGUUGUAUAUGAGUGUUCAAAAAAUAAACUUGGUUGAGCCAAGAACCUUGUAGUUUUGUGGUAUUGUCUAAUUGUCUCAUCUUUGGCUA